ACAUGUUCCUCUAUAAAAAGGCAGGCCGUUGUCUCUAGUCAUCCUAGUGAGCUCGUCACCAGGCACUAGCUGGUACAAUCUUAAUUCUCUCUGUCAGGUGUUGGGGGCUUUGUUUGGACAACGGAACAUGAGCUUCGGAGGCUUAACUGGAAAGAAUUCAAUGACGGUCGGGCCAUGGGGAGGUUUAGGAGGAGACCCUUGGGACGAUGGUGUCAACUCUGGGGUACGCCAGAUCAUCAUCACUCAUGGUGUGGCCAUCGACUCCAUACUGAUCGAGUAUGACCUGAGAGGUGGCGCAGUCUGGUCAGAGAAGCAUGGGACUGCGAGUGGAAACUCAAAAACCGAUCAGCUGAAAUUUGAUUACCCUCAAGAAGUUCUCACAUCUAUCAGUGGCUACUAUGGCGCAGUGGGAACUUCAGUUGUCAUAAGGUCGCUAACCUUUAAGAGCAACUGCUCCAAGUAUGGGCCUUUUGGCACCGAGCAAGGGACAUCCUUCUCACUCCCGGUGUCCAGCAGCAAGAUCGUCGGCUUUCAUGGGCGAUCUGGGUCUUGCCUGCACUCCAUAGGCUGCCAUCUCAACAAAGAGACUAACACUAAGCUGUCAAAAAAUGCGCCAUCUGCGCUUCGGAGCAUCACAAGAUCAUAUGACAGGAAUGGUCACAGGUAUGCAGAUGGCAGCGCUGGGUACGACAUGGUUCUUGCAGUGAAGGACAGAGGUGACAACUACAAUGUCCUGACCAGCAGUCUUCCGAAGGAGCAGUAUCCUCAUCCAUCUCAGAUGAGCAAGAUGGUAUCAAUUCCUAGUUUCUAUUCGGAUAAUGGGACCAUGACUAUAAGCACCCCAGUGAGAUUUGGUCCAUGGGGUGGAAACAGUGGAACCAUAUUUGAUGAUGGAAUUUACACUGGUGUCCGACAAAUCAACUUGACACGGGGACUAGGAAUAUCUUCCAUGAAGGUUCUCUACGAUCGAAACGGGCAGGCAAUAUGGGGCGAUAAGCGUGGAACAAGUGGGGGAUCUAGACCUGAAAAGGUAGUAUUCGAUUUCCCGUCAGAGAUCUUGACUCAUAUAACCGGUUACUUUGGCUCGACAAUGAUCAUGGGCCCGACGGUGAUCAAAUCACUCACAUUCCACACGACGAAGAAGAGCCAUGGACCAUUUGGGGAUGAACACGGCACGUUCUUCUCCAGCUGCUUGACCGAUGGAAGGAUAGUAGGAUUCCAUGGCAGGGCAGGAUGGUAUAUCGAUAGCAUUGGCGUUCAUGUUCUGGAAGGCAAGGUGUUAUCGCAGAAAGUUCACACAGAAUUAGCCGACACAAGCCCAUCUCUUCAGUCCGAUAUGCUUGCACUAGCACGGAGGGAAAUUGGAGACGAGGUUACAUAUGGUGUAGUGAAAGAACCAAUACCAAUAGGGCCGGGACCGUGGGGUGGGGAUGGAGGCAAGCCAUGGGAUGAUGGUGUCUACACAGGCGUUAAACAAAUCUACAUCAUGAGAAGUGAUUUCAUCGGCUCUAUUCAGAUCGAGUAUGACAGGGGUGGACAAUCCAUCUGGUCUACCAAGCAUGGAAAUGGUGGCCAGAUAACACACAGGAUCAAGCUUGACUACCCACACGAGGUCCUGACCUGCAUCUACGGCUACUACAACACCUGCGUGGAAGAAGGGCCCAGAGUCUUGAGAUCGAUCACCCUCGUCAGCAGCCGAGGGAAGUACGGCCCGUUCGGCGACGAGAUAGGGACCUACUUCACCUCUGCUACGACGGAGGGCAAGGUGGUCGGCUUCCAUGGCCGGAGCAGCCUGUACCUGGACGCCAUUGGUGUGCACAUGCAGCACUGGUUGGGAGACGUGAAAACUACUAGCGCUUCCAAUUCCAAUUCCAAGUACUACAUCUCCAGGUAUCUGUUCUGAGCCCGGUUACUCUGAGACCUGGUCUGUGAACCUAUUACAGUUUGCACUUUGUUUUCUCUGUUUGCGGCAAGUUCAGUGAGCAGUUCUGAUUUCUGAAUGACGAGGAGCAUGGUCUAUUUACCAGUAGCAUGUUGGUGUAUUCAAAAUUUGUGUGAUUUGUUUGUCUGAUUUGGAGAUUGAGCGUUGUCUGAAUUGAUGUAUUUGACCAUGAUUUGUUAAAAAGAUUUGCUCAAUGCAUCAUCUUGCGCACU